AUGGUGACAGCUACAUCACUUAGACGCCUGGCACGUAAUUCUAGCAAGUCGUCACAAGUUUACCGUGAGUCGUCAGAUUCAGAGGAUGAUUAUCUGGAGAAUGAAUCUGCUUCAAAAUCAAAGAAGCGUUCCAGAAAGACUACCAACAAGGUAACGAAGUCUAGUAAUAAAAAAGCUAAGGUUAAGAAGACAGUGGAUAUAGAUCAACUAGAAGCUGAUUUGGAAGAGAAUGAGUUAUAUAUUGGUCUUGCCCAGCCAGAAGUUGAUAUUCUGGAUUUGGCCGUUGAUUGGAUCGAUAGUUAUGUGGAAGACACUAGCGAAGGUACAAAUACAUCUAUCACAUCUCUAAUAAAUCUUAUAUUGAGAAGUUGUGGUUCUGUUCAUUUAUUUCAAGCUCACGAUUUAACUAAUUUAGAAUCAGCUGCUGAAACAGUGGCCGAAUUAACCAUUGCAUUCGGAGAACAGCCAGCUCAUAAAUAUCCAUUCAAAACUUUACCUGUAUUUAGAAAGAAUAUAUUAGAGUUUUUUGAAGAGAUUACCCAGGUUGGUCAUGAUAAAGGACUUCUUUAUAAAGAAACGAUUGAUGAAGAUGAAGAAGAUUUAGCAUCUCCUUUAAUGGUUCAAGUUUUAACCUGGAUAUCAAGUUUGAGUUCAUGUACUAUCCGUCCAUUAAGAUAUGUUUCAACUAUUAUCUUACUUUCUAUUCAAGAUCAGUUAUGUCACAUAGUGAGUAAGGUUACAUCAUCACUUGAAAGAUCUCAAAAUCAAUUAUCACAUACCAAACCGUCAAGCAAGGCUAAAAUUGAGUCCAUUUCUAGAACUAUACUGGAUUAUCAUAGUCAGAAGAAUACAAUCAUAGAAUACUUUAAUGAGAUUGGUAACGUUACUCUAGGACAUAGAUAUCGUGACAUUGAUCCUUUAAUCAGAGUCGAAUGUUUAAAAUACCUUUCUCAAGCCAUGAUCACGUAUCCUUCCCACUUUUUUCAAGCAACAUUCUUAAGAUAUUUUGGAUGGUUAUUAUCAGACCCAACUAAUUCAGUAAGAGUUGAGGUAACUAAAGUAUUAUUGAAACUUUAUAAACAUAAUACUUCUAACUCCAUGGCAAUUGGAUUCAGACAAUUUACCGAAAGAUACAAAAAGCAAAUAAUUAAGAUGAUGAAAAUUGAUAGUGAUAUUAAUGUUAGAUUGAAUUCAAUUUCAAUCUGUUGCGAACUUAAUAAGUUUGGAUUCUUAGAUGAUGUUGAUAAUUGUGAAAUUAUUUCAUUUUUAUACCAAUUGAUAAUCAGUUCAAGUACUAAGAUAUCCAAAGCAAAUAAUCUUAAACUAAGAAGUGAAUUGGCAAAGUAUAUCAGCAUAGUAAAUAUUCAAGUUGCUAACGAAUUAUCCGAAAAGUAUAGCAUUUUUAUUAAGAAUUAUAGUUCUGAAACAUUCGGCGAAGGUGUGGAUCAAAUGAAUAUCUUCAAUUGUUUCAAGAUAAAGUCUUUGGUUAAUUUAUUAUCUACAGCAAAGCAGUAUCUUGAAAAUUCCAUUUCAGAUGAAGAAGCCAAACAAGAGUUUAUUAACGGGUUUGAGUCUACGGAUGUCCUUACAACCAUUUAUGAAUCUUUAUAUCAAUUGCCAACAUAUCACAAUACUUGGGAAUUUUUGAUUCAAUAUUUGUUGUUAGAUAUUUCUUCAGUUAAGUUUACUACAGAAAUAGAAUCCAGUGAAUCUGAAAUAGAAGAAUUCAGAAAACAAAUCGACUCAUCACUAAAUCAAAACCAAAGCAAAGAAUAUUUAUUAAGUUUUGUGAAUGGUUAUUUGGAUCAUAUGCUCAAUAAUAUAAACAAAUUAAAAACUGAAGAGUUAUCAUCUAUUGUUCUUGUCAGGUUGACAAAUUAUGUUCCUGAAUUACAGUCAUUAGCAAUUAAAUCUCCUUCAUUGUUGUCAGUUUUCUUAAAAUUUUGGAAUAAGUUAAUUUAUGUGAAAACUGAGUCAAUUAAUAUUGCAAGUAUAUUUAUUAGUUUGGACAAAAAAGGGAUUUUUAAUGAGAUUAAUAUUACCUUGCUUGAUUAUUUCAACUCUUAUAAGUUUGAAGAAAGUACCUAUGGAGAAUUAACCAAAGAGUUUGAUCUUUACUUAAAUAGAUUAUUGCAAGAUUACAAUAAUCCAGUGAAUAGUGUCAAUUUAAGUACAUCAGAAAUAAGACUCAAGGUUCAAACUUUUAUCAACGAAAGACUUGCGGACGUGAAAGAAAAAUUGAAUUUUAGUAAUGAUAGCAACACUAAUGAUGAACAAGAUGACGAGGAGGUUAGAGCAGUUAAGGAAAAUGUGAGUUAUUUAGUUGAUAUUUCUGAUGAUCUUUUCAAAUUAAGAAAAUUUGCUGAUUAUGUCAAUCUAACUGAGAAUUUCCAAGGUACAGAUGGAUUAAUCGAUUCAAUAGUGUUUAGAAUUUUGAAUUCAUUUGAUGCUAGACCAUUUUUUACUAAUGAGAAUCUGUUCCAUUAUUUCAAUGUUUCCUAUCCUAAGAUAAUAUCUAACUUUAAGAAUAUUUUUGAUUUUAUUUUGAUUUGUACUUCUUGGAAAUUAGAGAAAUUAAUUGAUAUCAAUGAAAAGGAAUAUCAACAUCGUUAUGAUAUGGAGGUUGAAUUCAGUUAUUUAUAUGAUAUAAUUGAAUCAAUUCUGAAAGGGUUGGAAAGGAUUGGGCAAACCAUUAAAGUUGUAUUAGAAGAAAAUGAUAAAUUCGACAAUGAAAAGAAGUCUAUUGAUAAAUUGUAUGCUUUGAAGACAUUAUUUUCAGUAAAGUUGAUUGAUUUAUUGGUUUCCAUAAAAAUAUUUUAUAUUAAGAAUAACCAAGAUAAUAACUUUACUAAUUUCAAUGAUUUCUUUACAAACUCUAGAGAGUUAGGUAGGUACGUUUCUGAGAAAAUACCACAAGAGCUUCAAUUACAAUUAGUUGAUAAUUUCCUUUAUAAAGAAUCAAAACUUGCUAAGCUUUUAGAUAUUGAUUUAGAUAGAGAUGAUGAUGAAGAUGUCAACUACAGUGAUUUGGUUUCGAUCGAGUCUCAGAGUGACGGAACAGAAGAUGUCGGACAAAGAAGUUUAUUCGAUGAUAGUGAAUCCAGUGAUGACGAUGAAGAAAUUACUAAUGCAACAAAAGUUCAAGAUUCAUCAACUAUAGAAGAGGAUAAGAAAAAGAAUGAAGUUAAAAAAGCACGCUCUAGAGCACGGAAUGCAUGGAAAGCAGAACGAGAAUUGUGUGUUUAUAUUGUCAAAUUAUCUUCAUUGAUUAAUGCAUCAAUAGUCAGUCCAUCUGUACUUGAAAGAUUAAAGCUUAACAGUCAAAAGAUAGGUGGUGUCUAUGAUAGACUUAUCAAGAGCGAAGAAUCAGAUAAGCCAGCUGAACAUGUCCCAGUGGAAACUAAUGUUGCUGACGAAGGAAAUGAUAAUAAUGUACCUGAAGCCGUCACAAAUUUAGAAAAUGAAAGCAUUCCAGAAGUUGCUGCUAGUUCAUAG